AUUGAUGAUCAGAACUUUAAGUGUUGAGUUGUACAAGUUUUUUAGUCCAAAACUUGAAAUUGUAUCAAGAUUUCAUCAUAUUCAGGAUUCAAAAUAUAUAAAGAUAAAUUCCAUCGAAUAAUAAUGGUUGAUGAGACUUGUAAAUCAGAAAUCGAGUAUACCAUAUUAUUGCCGACAUAUAAUGAAAGCGAAAAUUUGCCCAUAAUCGUUUGGUUGAUCGUCAAAUAUUUGAAAGAUUAUCAGUACGAGAUUAUCAUCAUCGAUGACAAUUCACCAGAUGGUACAACGGACGUGGCCAAACAGCUCCAAAACAUUUAUGGCGAUGACAAAAUCGUUCUAAAACCGAGAAAAGCUAAACUUGGACUUGGAACGGCUUAUCUUCAUGGAUUGAAAUUCGCUCGUGGCAAAUUCAUUAUUAUCAUGGAUGCUGAUUUAUCACAUCAUCCCAAAUUCAUUCCAAGAUUCAUUCAAAAACAAAAAGAAACCAACAGUGAUAUUGUCACCGGAACUCGUUAUGCCGGUGAUGGAGGCGUAUAUGGCUGGGAUUUUAUGCGCAAAUUGAUAUCUCGUGGUGCUAAUUAUCUAACACAAGUGCUAUUACGCCCUGGCGUUUCCGAUUUGACUGGUAGUUUUCGUUUGUAUCGACGUGAAGCAUUGGAAAAAUUGGUCGAGAAUUGCGUCUCAAAGGGUUAUGUGUUUCAAAUGGAAAUGAUGGUACGAGCUAGAAAAUUUGGCUUCAAAAUUUCCGAAGUACCAAUUCAAUUUGUCGAUCGUGUCUAUGGACAAUCAAAAAUGGGAAGCAAUGAAAUCAUUCAAUUUGCCAAAGGUUUAUUAUAUCUUUUUGCAACUCUUUGAAUAUUAGGGACACAACAAAAAUUAUUUUUUUUUAUACAUUCGCUAUUUUUUAAACAAUGAGGAUUAUAUCAUUUUUUUGAUUUUUGAUUUAAAUAAAAAUAUUAAAUAAUUU